CCGGCCUCUGCCGCAGGCCCCACCGGAUAGUUGUGCGCAUGCUCGUUCGGCGACUGUACUCUAGACUCUGGGGCUGCAAACAAAACUUCUCCAGGGCCAUGUCGCGAUCUAGUCAGUUCCAGGAGCCAGACAGAAACAACCUGACAGAUGAGGCAAAGGCCCGCCUGAAGAAGUUCAAUGUUGGUGCCAAAUAUUCAUACUUGUCCAGUCACAAGUACUCAGUCCUGGUACCGCUGAUGGCUCGAGGAGGAAAACUCCACCUGCUCUUCACUGUCCGGUCUGAGAAGCUGAGAAGGGCACCUGGAGAAGUUUGCUUCCCUGGAGGGAAGAGGGAACCCACAGACGUGGAUGACGUGGCCACUGCACUGCGGGAAGCCCAGGAAGAAGUGGGGCUAGAUCCCCAUCAAGUGGAGGUCGUGUGUCGCCUGGUGCCGGUACUGGAUGAAAAAAAAAACCUGAUUACCCCAGUGGUGGGUUUCAUAGACCACGACUUUCAGGCGCAGCCGAAUCCUGAUGAAGUUAAGGAUGUGUUCCUUGUGCCUCUGGACUAUUUUCUGUCUCCACGUGUCUACUCCUCUUACUGCCUCACUCACUCUGGCCACAUUUUCCUCAUGCACUGCUUCGGGUACACAGGCCCCGAAGAUGGUGUGACUUACUUAAUCCGGGGAAUGACCGCACGAUUUGCUAUACUGGUUGCCUUGAUGAUUUUGGAACAGAAACCCACCUUUGAGGUUCAGUUUAAUCUCAAUGAUCUAACAUCAUCUUGUGAGAAACACCUGUUUCUUUACCAUGCUACAAGAAAGUUAUGAUUUGUGAGAAUCAAAUCCAAAAAUCCGCCCAGGAGGGUUCUGUAUGUGGGUGUGCACUGAACAACAGUGCUUGCUGCUAUUGAAAAUUGACAGGUGUGAAUAUUUUUCCUGCCAUCCGAAAGCACAAACCUUGCCUUUUUCUCCUGUUACUUUGUAUUAUUUCAAAGAACAACAAAGGGAGAAAAUACACUAAUAGUGUUGUCUAAUUUUACCCACAGUAUGUUAAAAUUUUUCUUACACAUUUAAGAAAAAGUAUCUGGCACAUUAAACACUUAAUAAAAUACUUUGAUAUAUAUUA